CUGAUCGAGUAUAAAUGACGCUCCAUCAUAGCAAAUCGCGCAGGUUCUCACAUUGCUCGAACAUGACACUUCGUGGCUGUCGUGCUUUUAUUCAAAUAAGCGCCUGUUUGGCGCUCAUCACGAUCGUGGUCGCGGAUAAAGAGAAUUGCAAUCCAACAAAAUGUCCGGGCCCAUUGGCAUAUUACAAGAGUCUCAAAUGUAUCCCGGUGUACAAAAAUGAGGGUGAUUGCUGCGCCACAAAAUUCACCUGUGAUCAUCUGAAAGAGAGGUCACCUACCAAAUGUUACGUCAACGAUAAUGCGUACGAGAUCGGAGAGAAACUGAAAGAUGAGGAUGCAACUCCUUGUGACACUGGUUGUAACUGCACUGCAGGACGUGGCGGAAUCGCUGCAUUUCGUUGCUUAAGCGAAGGUUGUAUUUCACGGCCAGCGCAACCAGGCUGUUAUAAAAAACAUUCGCCAUUAAGGUGCUGUGACUUAGAGGAAGUUUGUCCUGAAAAUCCCGAAGAUAGAGCUAUCUGUAAUGUAGACGGAAAGAUAUAUAGAGACGGAGAAUUUUUUGCUGUUGAAGGUGAACCAGAUUUAAGAUGUGUAUGCCAACCGGGUUACAAAGGGAACAACGUCGAACCUUUCUGUGCAAAGCUUAAACGUGAUACCUGCACUCCCGAAUUCAAAUAUGCAUUCCACUUAUUUAAUAAUUGUGCUCCGAUUUAUGACUCAAGUCAAUCGCCACAAACUGAUUGCAGUUAUUCUACCAGAUGUCAAAACGGUAACGACACCGUUAUUCACAACGAGCAGGACAAUUCGAAGUCUACCGAGAAAAAUUCCAAUGACGAGGACGUUUGUUAUUUUGGUAAUAUGACUAUGCACCGCGGUGACGAGUUGAAUCAAAAUACAGAUUAUAGUUCCGUAUGCGUUAAAUGCAUUUGCGAAGUGCCUCCGGUGCCCACUUGUCAGCGUAUACCGUAUGAAGAAUGCAAUUACGCGAGGCACCACCUUUUCCACCCGCAGCGUUUUCAUGGUAUCAGAGUUUCACCGUGGGGUAGUAUUACCCUGUAUUAAGAAAAAAUAUGCAAAUAGUUCGUAAAUAUAAGAACUUUUUUAAACCUGCAUAUCUGAUUCAAUUUGUAUUUCUUCUGUUAAUUACAAUAAAAACAUGUUUUUAGACAUUGCAUGUAAAA